CUAUUUACGCUUUUGCCCCUACUUUUCUCCCUCACUUGUUGGCACUUCCCACGUUCUUACGCUCUACUCACUUUCUCUCUCUACCAAACCUUUCUCUUUCUCUCUCAUCUUUCCAUUGACAUGUCUUCUUCCGGCGGCGUCACCUCCGGCAGCCCUCAGCAAUACUUCUGCCACCAGUGCAACCGCACAGUCUCCAUCGUCCCUUCUUCCUCCGAGCUCCUCUGCCCUAACUGCAACGAAGGCUUCCUCGAAGAACUCGAAACUCCAAUCCCUAACCCUAACUUCAGCAAUCCUUUCUUCUCUUUCAACUCUGACUUCGCCGGAGGUCCCUCCGCCGGAAACCUCCCGUUCUUAUUCUCCGGUGGUGGCGACGAUCUAUCCACGCUGCUUGGCGGCGGCGUUGGUAACACCGCCGCCUCCGGCGAAGCCUUUAACCCCUUUGUGUUCCUCCAGAACUACCUCCAAACCCUAAGAGCUGGCGGCGCCAACGUCCAGUUCGUGAUCGAGAAUUCCGGCGACCCUACCACCGGAACAUUCCGGUUUCCCGGAGGGAACAUGACUCACGGCGAUUACUUCUUCGGCCCGGGGCUCGAGGAGCUGAUCCAGCAGCUGGCGGAGAACGAUCCGAAUCGGUACGGGACGCCGCCAGCAUCGAAGUCAGCUGUGGAGGGGCUGCCGGACGUGUCGGUCACAGAGGAGCUGCUGGAAUCGGAUUCUUCUCAGUGCGCGGUGUGCAAGGACACCUUCAAGCUUGGCGAAUCGGCGAAGCAGAUCCCCUGUAAGCACAUAUACCAUUCUGAUUGCAUCUUGCCAUGGCUGGAACUGCAUAAUUCGUGCCCAGUUUGCCGUUACGAGUUGCCUACCGAUGAUCCGGAUUAUGAGCGGAGGGCUCAGCGUGGUGGGGUUCCUACGCCUCCCCAGUGAACCGGUCUGUGGGAGCAGAGUGGUGGCGGUGGUGGUGGUGUUGGCGGUGACAAUGAUGGCGGGGAUAAUAGGCAAACGUUGGAGAGGAGGGUGUUUAGGGUUUCUUUGCCGUGGCCGUUUAGGCAAUUCGGUGGUUCUCCUGCGGAGACAAGCAAUGUUGGGAACAACAACAACAGCAACAGUGGCGGCAACAACAACAGUGGGCAACCGAAUUCCGAAAGUAGGGGGAAUCGGAAUUUUGAGUCAGAGACCAGACAGGAAGAUCUUGAUUGAGAGCAACUUGUGUUUCAUAAUGUGGCAGGUUAGAUUUAGGUGGUGAUAGCUUUGAGCCUGCAGCUAUGGAAGAAUGAGGUUUCUGAACUUAUAGUUUGUGUUAAACAUAUGGAUUGUACAGCUGCUACUUCAAGGAACCUUCAUUCUUUUUCUUUGUUGCUUGGACAAAUUUGAACCAGAGUUGGAAAUAGUUUGAUAUUUUUUGGUCA